CUGAGCGCACAACACAAACGUAGUUUUGCUUUCGUGUGAGUGGUGUGAUUCUUUGUGUUAAAUAUAUAUGAAAAAACCAAAAUGGCGACGUCAGUAGAGUGAUGGAAUUGAGGAAUUUUUUCAAUUGUGUUUGAUUUUCUUAUAUAUAUUCACAUAUUAAUCAUAUAUUGGUGGUGUUUUUAAGCAAUUACAACAAUAAAUUUAAAGACAUAAACAAAACGCUGGCAAUUAAAUAAAACUCUUAAAUGAAAAACUAAUUGUGCAAAAUUAAACGAAAACCCAGCAAGAAUUUCGGAACGAGAGAAUUUCGUUUCAGUUGAAAAAAAAAGUUACGCUAGAGGAAAAAAUAAAAAUGGCGCCCGCGACGUCUUGACUUUCUAUUUUAUGGCAUUUCAACGAGUUGAUUUUCUAAUUUGUGUAAUCAUUUAUUUAACAAAAUGCUUUUUAAAUUAGUUAUUGAAAUGUUUUUACCGAAAUUAAAUUAGGAAAAAAAAGUUAGGAAAAAGUAUUCAAGAAGGAAAGGGGAGAAAAGUUUACAAAGUGUGUGAGAAAAAAAAAAAUAUAUAUAUAUAUUGAGCAGUAAUAUCGGAACUAAACGUAUGUAGUUGUGUGUUAUAUGUUGCCCCUUAUUAAUAAUACAUAUAUAGCAUUUUGCUCGGUUUAUGAACUGUAAAAGUGUGUGCGCGAGUUUGUGUGUGUGUGUGUAAUAUAAAAAACGAAGGCCUUGAAUAUGUGUGCUGCCCAAAGCAAUCCAGCCCAGAGUUUCGGUGGUUACACCUGGGGUUUUGCGGAUAAUAGUCGAGCCGAAUCAGUUUUGGAAAUAUCACCGAAUAUUAAUUAUACCGUCAGUAGUGAAUCUAUGCCCUAUUUAUUGUCAACAGAUGGAUCUUUAACGGUACAAAAAGACGUGAAGGGUGCUUUGGCUGCUAAUAAAGGCGUUGUACGCCGUAUGGUAUUGGUGAACGAUCCCUUUGCAACAGGAGCUCAGAGAGUUAUAACGGGUGCCUCGUCGUCGGUUGUCAAGAAGCCAGAUCAACAAGUUUUGAGUUUAAAUUGCGAUAAAAACUACCAAACGGAUCAAUCUCAUUCUCUUGCCAAUGGCAUUGUGGAUCCCAAGGCUCAGACAAUAUUAACAACCGCUGCAGGUGAUAUAUUGCCUGGCAUAUCAGUGCAAGUACAAAAAGUCAUACAGGGUCUUGAGGACAAUGAUGAAUCGCAAGGCGAAGCCCCUAACUUGAAGUUGGAACCGGGCACUUUAGACAUGUCACCGAAAGCCGAAUUACAAGAAAAUAUCAACUUUAGUGAUAAUGAUACCACUAUUAAAAAGGAACGUCCUUACAGUUGCGAGGAAUGUGGAAAAUCAUUUCUAUUAAAACAUCAUUUAACUACACACGCUCGCGUUCAUACCGGUGAACGCCCCCACAUCUGUACACAUUGCGGCAAAAGUUUUGCCCACAAACAUUGUCUCAAUACACAUUUGUUAUUGCACUCCACCGAUCGUCCCUAUCAGUGCACCGAGUGCAAGAAGAGUUUUACGCUGAAACAUCAUCUGUUAACACACUCACGUGUACAUUCGCGUGAUCGGCCGUUUAUAUGUCCAGAAUGCGGGCGUUCUUUCCCCCUCAAACGCCAUCUGGUAACACAUAGCAAAUUCCACGCUGGUGAGAGGCCGUAUGUAUGCGAGGAUUGCGGUGAAAGCUUUGCCCAAGAAAAUCAUCUAAUUAUGCAUUCACGAUUCCAUGGUUCAGUGAAUCCGUUCGUUUGUCAGGAUUGUGGUGUUACAUUUCCCCGCAAGUUUCAAUUAGUGAACCAUGCACGCAUUCACGGCAAAAUACCUCACUCGUGCACAGUUUGUGGCAAAGAAUUCUUACAGAAACGUACUCUAGUGUCGCACAUGCGUAGAGUUCAUACGGGCGAUCAGCCCUAUCCUUGCAUUAGUUGUGGCGAGGGCUUUAUGACGAAGGCAGAUUUGAAUCAUCAUAUACGUAGUACUCACGGUGGUGUUAAUCCGAAUUCCUCAAAUACCGCCAUAGUACCAACAAAUACCAUGAUAAGCUCCCAACAGCCCACCCAACCAAUACAGCAAAUACAUCAGACUCAGGCUCACACGACACAGCAGCAGCAUCAACAGCAGACGCAUCAAUCACAAAACAAUCAUCCACAAACCAUAACGGUUGUCAGCAAUCCCAACAGUUCGGCUUUAUUAACGGUAACAUCAAACGAUCCCAAUCGACCUCAAUACGGAUGCCGUGAAUGUGGAAGUGCCUUUAACAGUCGUGAAGCCUUUGCUUUACAUCAGCGUUUGCACACGGGCGAUAAAAAUUUGAUGACCGAUUUGUGUGCACUGACGGCCGCACUACCGCCACAUUUCCUCAGUACGGCUAGUUUAAAUCCGGGUGCUGUACCUGUUGUAGCCAAUCCAAGCAUUAUAGCGCAAAAUCAGAUGCCAGUGCAAAUCAUAUCAUCGACGGGUCAGGUAAUGUCACAAACAACAUUGGUGCAGGCUGCUGCCACUACACAUCCACAGUCAGUUGUGGCCGCUGUACCCACCGUAACGGUACAGCCUCAUCAUCAUACCAAUACCCAGCAAUUGCAAAAUGGUAAUACUACGGCCCAACAUCAACAGCCACAGCAUCAACAGCAGACGCAGAAUAAACCGAAAUCACAUUUCUGUGCCAGUUGUGGUAAAGGAUUUGCGGCUAAACAUGGCCUUAUGCAGCAUAAUCGACGCCAUCCGAACGGCGGUUGCACCGUACGUACACACGUUUGCGAGUGCGGUAAAGCAUUCUUCCAAAAGAAUCACUUAAUGUUGCAUCAGCGUCAGCAUUUGGAAACUAAACCUGCCAUUUCCCAACAACAGCAGAAUGCGAAUGCACAGCAGCAGCAGCAGCAACAGCAACAGCAGCAGCAACAACAACAACAACAACAGUUAGUCCAACAGCAGCAACAAAGUCAACAACAACAACAACAACAACAACAGCAGCAGCAUCAACAGCAACAACAACAACAAAUGAAUACUAGAGAAGUUAUGAUUGGCAAUCAAGCGGUACACGUGCAAGUAUUGCAAGGAACAAAUACCGCACAAGUUAUUAAAUAUGAACUUAACCUACCACGUGGUGAACCAAAGCAUUAAA